GCCCUUGCUAAGGGGUGGUCGUGCGCUCUCCCGCGAUGCCGCAGUACGGCCUCUUUCGAUACAUCCGUGAAUUUUAGUGAAGUUUUAUUUUCAAAGACAUUUUUAUGUUAUUUGGAUUAUGCGUGCUCACAAAAUUGGCUGGAAACCUUAAUGAUUGUUACCGUCGAAUAUUCCUUUGACCCCAAUUUUCUUAUUAAUUUCACUUUGAAGAAGUUAUUUAUUGAUAAAAGAUUUUCGUUAAUAAAUCUUUUUAAAUUAAAUUUGUGAAGGUUCACUGGGCGGAAAGUAUUUAAUUUUAUCGAUGUUACUUUGUAAAUAAAAUUAGUCGGUAGUAUGAUGUAAAUAGCUGAAACUUAUAGUUUCGUGUCGUUACACCAACACCAAAUAUGUGAGUGAUAAUAGUGAUAAGUAAAUGAAUAUUGAAAAUGUUAGCUUGUGUGUGUCAACCAACGGAGACAGCGUUAUUAUUUAAAGGAGGACCACCAGUUGCUAUGGGGCCACUUGGUACACACAAAAUACGACAUAACCCUGUUGAUGCCAUGAAAGCCAUCAAACUAAUUCCUGCAGUCGUUCGACGCUCCAGCGAUGACGCUAAAGACAGUUCUCCGUCUCAUAACUCAUCGCCAUCCCUUAUAAGCUCUACAGGAAACUUACUCAAUCUGAGGAAAAUAGAACGAAAAGCUAAAUCAACGAAAAUCUUAGUAAACCCCGUGUGCUCCGAUAGCGUCAGCACAAGUGACGAUAGCAAUCGAUCCAAAAAUUCCAAGUGGAAUGGUAAGAAAAAACGACUCAAGUCUGAAGCCGCAAAGAACCACAAGAAAGACGAACGCAAACGUGAUAAAAAUGAUCCAAUUAGCAGGAGCGAUGGUAAAGAAGAUAAGAAAUCGAUAUCUUGUUUCAAAAUAAAAAGUUCUGAAGAUAAAUCACGUUCAGCCGAAGACAGAAAAUCUGGAAAAGAGAACUGUACAAAUGAAAACGCGAGUAACCUGAUGAGUACAGAAAAACCCGAUAUUAUAAACCACUCCAGGAAAAAUAGCAGGGAAAUUUUAGUAGAUGAAGGUACUAUGACCGAUCAGACGAUGUUAAGAAAUGACCAAUUGGAUACGGGAAAGACUGAUACUACUAUAGCAGUUAAGGAAAUGAAGUUGGGGGAAGGGGUGGAGCUGACUUUGGGCGAGUUGCGCGCGAUGGCGCUGCGCCAACAGCAGCAGAUCGACACGCAACACCAGCUGCUCUGCGCCAAGGAGCAGCGGCUGCGGUACCUCAAGCAGCAGGAGGCUAGGCAACACCAGGUGGCGGUCGAGGGCGAGCGGCUACGGCGGCUACGCGAGCGCGUAGAGGCGCAGGAGUUGAAGCUACGCCGGCUACGAGCGCUACGAGGACAGCUCGACAGAAACAAGCAAGCGAAUAUCGCAUUAACGAGUGACCUAGAAUCAAUACGAGCGCUUUUCAAUGAAAAAGAGAAAGAAUUAUCAGUGGCGGUGGCCAAGGUGGAGGAGCUGACGAGGCAGCUGGAGGAAUUGAGGAGAGGGAGAGUACAACCAGCGCCACCAUCAGCUCAUGAACUCGACAAGCUGCGACGGGAGUUAAUGUACCGCAACAAGCUGAAUGAACAGCAGAAUGGCAGGCUGUCGGCGCAGCGGGCAGCGCUGGGUGCGAGGCAGGAGGAGAUGCGAAGUAUCGACCGCCGGGUCUCAGAGCUGCAGGCUCGGCUGCUGAGGAAGAGGGCCCUGAACAGGCAGCUAGCGGCUGCUCAUCGACAGCCGCAGCAGCAGAGAACGACAAACCCCACGCCCAUGCAACAGUUACCCAGCUACUCAACUGGUAACAAUGUGGUAAAUAGUCAACCAAAGAACCAACAAGCCAGAGGAAAUGUUGCUGCCGUGGAACCCUACAAUCAUGUGCCCCAUGCCCAGAGCGUUAGUCAUAAUGCCAACUUCCAGGCAAUGAAGCAGAACGUAUUACAAAACAACGUGCCAUUAAAACAACACACACAAAGCGACAACAUACAGAGUCAUUUAACGCAGGAAGCGCAUUACUUGCAACAGAAACAAAUGAUUAAUCCGUUGUUCAACGGAUACACUCACUCGCAGGGGCUACAGGAAAACCAAUAUCCGGGGCAAUAUCCAAACAAACAUGAGAACUUUAGUCACGUACAACAAGGCAUCGGCAACGCCUACGACCAGAAGGCAAUGCUCGAUCAAAAACAAUACAUGGACUACCUAAAACAACCACAAUACAGUCCGAAUAGCACGAGCAGUUCGAAUAGCAACCAAACAAACAAAGAUCUGAAAAUUAACGAGCAAGAAUUCCUCCCAGAAUUUGCUGCGAGUAAGUCAGAUCCUAAAUAUCAAACGUUGCCUUACAAUACAAAAUUCCCACAAAGUACGAACGGGAAAUUAAAACCUGAAGUUAAUGGUAAAAACAACGAAAACCAAGAUGCGAAAAACGCGAUCAAUGUAAAUCACAUGACUGUACAUUCUACGCCACUUUCGGUUGUGAAUAAAAGUCUAGCGACACCUCUAAGUCAAACGGAAACUACAUAUCAGCAGGAAAACACAUAUCAGUUGCAAAAAUCUGACUCUUCUAGUAGAUGUAAUCAGGAAGGGAAGGAAAACCAGGCAUAUCCACAGAAUAGGCUAAGUCAGAAUAAUAGUCAGAACAAUGAAGCAAAAGGAAACGGGAAGAGCCAGCAGGCGUUAAAAGGCAGCUCACCAAGUUUGGGCUCUAGUACAACUACUGCUAGCAGUUCUAUUGGAUUUGGGAAACCUGUAUCGAGUGUUGCACCCACAUCAGUUCAGGUCUCAAGCGGGAAACCGUCACCCAUUUAUCAGACAUCCUCCACAAAGAUCCAACCGGUCCAGCCACAGACCGUUCAGACCCAAAGCAUCACUGUAUCAUCAUCAAAUCAUGUAGCUAGUAAUGUGGUGACCUCCCAACCCCAGAUCGUUAGGAACACGGCGUCAGGACUGUCCACCAGUACGGGAAGCUCGUUCACCGGCCAGAAUGCGUCGUCACAGAGUAUCUUGCUGUCACCACCUCAAAGUGCCAGCACGCCACUCUCAACGCCAGAUGUUAGCGGUACAGACAAAUCCCCUAAACCGGCCCUACCUCCAAAACCCACCAUCAAGACACCACCGAGACAGUCAGUGAACAACGAUGUUGGCUUCAACCAGUCUACUGACAACAUAACACCUAUGCCCACCAUACCCUUGCCUUCAGACUUAUCAAACGAUAGUGACCAACAAAACCAGAAAGACACAGUCAGUAGUACUAGUAGCAACGAAAUGAUCAUUAAGGCGCGCCCACUUACCAUAAGAAAACCACCGAUGAGUGAGCAGCCUAAGCUUAGAAACGUUAGUAGCACGAAGAAUGGAAUAAGUGUAAGCAUAAAUCGACGUAUAGAGAUGCCGCCAGCGUUUUUAUUCCCCGAAAUGGAUCACUUAGUCGAUUCCACGCCUAACGAAAACGGCCUAAAGGAUAAGAAACAGAAGGAUGAAGUUGAUAGAGCGCUAAAUAACAAUAAUAACAUAUCAAUAGGACAGGAUGAUAGUAAGGAUAUUGUUGUGUCAGAUAUUACGGAGCAGAUCAGUUCAGUAGACUUAAACGGUCAGGAUUCUCAGGGUACUGAGAAUGUUCUGAGGCGAAAGAAGGGUAACUUGAAGCAGGGAGGCAAAGCUCCGCUAGCCAGGCGGGUUAGUUUCGAUCCCCUCGCGCUGCUGUUGGAUGCUAGUUUAGAAGGCGAGUUGGAACUCGUUAAGAAAACGGCAACACAGGUGCAGAAUGCAAGCGCUGCAAAUGACGAAGGGAUCACUGCUCUACACAAUGCGAUCUGCGCUGGGCACUUCGAAAUCGUCAAAUUCCUAGUAGAGCUAGGUUGUGAUGUGAACGCUCAGGACUCCGAUGGCUGGACGCCACUACACUGUGCUGCGUCUUGCAACAACCUAGCUAUGGUCCGCUUCCUCGUCGAUAAUGGUGCGUGUAUAUUCGCAACGACGCUGUCUGACCAUGAGACGGCGGCCGAGAAGUGCGAAGAGGACGAGGAGGGGUUCGACGGAUGCUCGGAGUAUCUUUACAGUGUACAAGAAAAACUAGGCAUAAUGAACAACGGGCUGGUGUACGCGGUGUUCUCGUACGGCGCGGCGCGUAACGACGAGCUCUCGUUCGAGACCGGGGCGCGGCUGCAGGUGCUGCGCAAGGGAGACGACAAUGAAAGGGAGUGGUGGUGGUGCCGGGACGACCAGGCGACUGAGGGAUACGUGCCUAGGAACUUGCUUGGGUUAUAUCCACGAGUAACCACACAGCAAGAUUGAAGUCUUGAAAGAUGACCUGAUUAAUUUGUAAAUAUCUAUUAGUUACUUUUAUUUUUUAUGUAUUUAUAUCACUGUAAUCUAAAAGUAACGACGCUGUAUACAAUUUUAUCAAAUCUAAUAUUUUGUAAAUAUUUAACUGUAUAAGUCAAAUGAAUGAGAUUAUAUUGUACAUUUUAUAAAUAUUUUGAGUCAUCACUGAUAUUAUUGGUCAUAAAAUUUGUAUAUCUUAGUUCUGCAAAUGUUGUGAACUAAUUACACAUAAACUGACAAUACAAAUAAUUAUGAAGAAUUA